ACAAACAGAGAGAGAUAGUAGUGAUCACUGAAACCCUAAAAUUUUACAGCCUUUCUCUCUCUCUCUGCUUUCUGAAAACCUCGUUUUUCUUCUCUAUCACUCUCCGUCAAUUUUAAUUAUUGUUUCUUAAUUGUUGUUUUUCCUCUCUACAUUUCAGUUUUAAUCUCUUUGUUUCUAUUGAUCCUUUCUGUUUUUUCCUUUUUGUGUUUUUUUUUUUUUUUUUUGCGUUUUGAAUGGCCACGGCGCCGGAUUCUUCCGCCGCCGCCAAACCUGAUGGUGUCGCCGCCGUAACCACCUCCGCCGCCGGCUCUGGAGCCGCCGUCAGCAGUCCUCAACCUCGCCGGAGUUUGCAAGCGCCGUGGGCUCAAGUUGUCCGGGGCGGCGGCGAGCCUGAACCACAGUCAGCGCCGGCGUCACCGCUGCCGGAGAAAAUGUCAUCGCCGGAGAAGACUUUACCGGAAGUUUCUACCUUGCCGGAGGGUAGUGAGAGUAAUAAUGAUGGGAAUGUAGGUAAGGUGAAGAAGCAAGCUUGGAAUAAACCGUUAAACGGUGUCGUUGUUGAAGCGGUUACUGUUAUGGGUGGGGCCGUAUCAUGGCCUGCUUUAUCUGAUGCUACUAAGCCCGGCCCAAAAUCACCUAUUCCAGAUGGAUCCACUUCUCUUUCUCAGGGUCCAAUUAUUUCUCAGUCACCUCAAAAAGAAGCUAAUGUUAAUGCAAGCAAGAAUUCAAAUGCAAACCCUGCUACCCCUCUUAGACUAAGAUCAAUGAAAUACAACAAAGGUGGCAGCAGCAGCGGCGGUGGCGGUAGUGGUCCAAGUGGCGGAGCAUUUAUUAGAACUCCGCCUCCACCUCCGCCUCCACUGCCUCCACCAUUUCCGGUGAUGCCCUACCCACCACCUGUUCUUGAGCCUCCUGUAAGAGGUUCAAGACCUGUUGGAGGAUUUACAAAUGAUCAUUCUCAUCAUCGAAAUCAUGGAAGGAAAAACUUUGGGGGCCGACCCCGUGGAGAUGGAUCUUAUCAUAACAAUCAUGGUGGGGGCAGGCGUGAUCAAGAUCGGAGAGAUGUUCAUAUGGCUCCUCUUCAGUUUGCUCCUCCUCCUCCUCCGUUCAUGCGGCCCCCACCACCCCCUGGCGCUGGCCCAUUUCUUCCACCCCCUAUGAGACCCUAUGUUACUCCGAUGGGAUAUGAUAUGGCACCAUAUUUUUUUGUUCCACCAUUGAGUCCAGAGCCCUAUAGUGGUGUGCCAAUUAUCAACCAAGCUCCACAACUACCCCAACAUUUACCUUUAGUGGAUCCAAAUUUGCCUCCCUCCUUGAUUAAUCAGAUAGAAUAUUACUUCAGUGAUGCUAAUCUUGUAAAAGAUGACUUUUUGAGGUUAAAAAUGGACGAGGAAGGCUGGGUUCCUAUUACAUUGAUUGCUAACUUUCCCCGAGUUAAGAGUUUGACAGAGAAGGUCCAGUCUGAUAACAUCCAGUUUAUUUUGCAUUGUUUGAGGGCUUCAACGUUUGUAGAAGUGCAGGAUGAGAAGGUAAGGAGACGGGAUGGUUGGAGGAAAUGGACGCAUACUUCUGGCCAGCUGGCAGCUGAUUCAGGUUCGUCCACACCUGUUGCAUCGACAGACGGUGGUCUAACAGCUUCCUUGCAGAAUGUCUCUUUGAAUGAAUCAGCUAUUAGUAGUGCUACAGAAGAGACCAAUGCUCAACCAGAGGUAGCUGCUGGUGGCUUAUCAGAUGAAUCGACUAAGCAAUCAAAGCCGGCUCAAGAAGAAGAUAGCACUGAAGAAAUCUCUACCAACCACGCGUGAAACAAUGCUGUCGAUUUUGCAUAUUUUGCAACAAGCGGAAAAUAUUUUGGAGGUGUAUUUGGAAGGUUAUACAUACAUCAUUGCUGCCUUUGGUGGAGGCCAUAUUUUUGCAGUUUUUGAGGUGAGUGGAAGAGUUAAAACUAAUGUGUAAGUUAUCUGGUAUAGAGAGCGUCAGAGCGGAACGCGAUAGUGGCGAUUAAAAGGAUAUACAGUUGAUAGACUUGAAACUUUUUGAGUUGUUUGGCUCGUAUACUUGCAUCGCGUAUGCAGGCUGGUAUUCCAUUGUGAUUCAGUGGAGUGAAUUUGGAUUUUGAGCCAACUUUUUUGGGUUGAAACUUACCUCCAUUUCCGAGGAAAGAUUCUGAAAAUGUAGAAAGUUUAGUGCUUGGCUGGUACCAGAGUGAUUGAGCUCUGCUGAUUUUGUUAUACUUAUCUAGGCAAAUUGAUUGUUUUAAAUUAUUUUGUUUCAUUCUAUUA